AUCGACGUCUUACCGGAAACGGUUGGACUGCAGGCCACCAAAAGCAAUGCUGUCAAACUCAGCCCACCCGAAGCAGUAAACAGGAAUGCUAGCUGUUAGGAAUCCUUGUUUAAACGGUCGUUGGAGUUGUUCUGUUUAGAGGGACAGUUUGCCUAUCCGAGGCAAUGGAAGACGACAUUCUGACAACGUUGAAAAUACUAAUCAUUGGAGAAAGUGGUGUCGGGAAGUCCAGCCUCCUCCUACGAUUCACAGAUGACACAUUUGACCCAGAGCAAACUGCCACAAUAGGUGUUGACUUCAAAGUGAAGACCAUCAGUGUAGAUGGUAACAAGGCAAAGCUGGCAAUAUGGGACACUGCUGGACAGGAGCGUUUCAGAACCCUGACACCUAGUUACUACCGCGGUGCGCAAGGAGUCAUCCUAGUGUAUGAUGUCACGAGGCGAGAGACUUUUACCAAACUGGAAAACUGGCUCAAUGAACUGGAGACAUACUGUACAAGGAAUGAUCUUGUGAAAAUGCUUGUUGGAAACAAAAUAGAUAAGGAAAACCACGAGCUAGACAGGGCCGAAGGACUGAAGUUUGCAAGAAAACAUUCCAUGCUUUUUAUAGAGGCGAGUGCAAAGACCCGGGAUGGCGUUCAGUGUGCAUUUGAGGAGCUGGUGGAGAAGAUCAUCCAGAGUCCGGGAUUAUGGCAGAGCGAGAGCCACGGCAGAUCAGUGCAGCUCACCGACGAGGACGCGGGAGGUGGCAGCUGCGGUGGAUACUGCUCGCUACUCUAGACAACGCCCGCAUACACGCAAAGCAAGUUUCUGACAUAGAGGUGGGAAUACCCGACGCACUCCGACGCAAACCUCUGCUUCCGUCCCCUGCUUCUGUCCUCCUCCUCCUCCCAUCACUUGUUGUGUAGUUGAUAGCCGAGUACCCGGACGGUGGGCUGGAUCGUCCACCCCGCCUGUGUUCACACAGGCGUUACUAUUUGCACAUGUUCUUUUAUAAAGGUGCGCAUGAAAUGCAAAAGCCGCUCAGCCUUGAUCUCAUCGUAGGAUGUGUCCUGUGUUCGGCUUGCCUCUUUUUGUGGAGUUGCAGGACUUUGUGAUGAAUCACCAUUUGUCAGUUUACUCUCUGCAACUCUUUUUUUUUUUUUUUUCUUCACUCUCAAAAGGAGGCAAGUCUGCUCAAUGAGACCAAAGUGUGUCAUAACCUGGUGUUCCGAAAUAGGAUCACGGAAUUAUAUGAACCAAGUGUAUUUUUUUUGUUGUUGUUGAAGGAAUAUGUUGAGCUGGCUUAUCUGAAUCGGAGCAGGUACAGAUGCUUUGUUGUAGAGACAAAAGGAUUGGGACACCAGACUGUUACACUUGGACAAAGUGGGAAUGGAAGAAAGUACACAUCUUUCCUUACGAAAACAACUUUCAAUCCUUUUAAUGGGGUGCGGCCAGGUCUCUCAAGUGCUUCGACACCAAACCCAUUCGGUCUCAAGGACCUUCCUUUGUGCACUGGACCUCCAGUCGUGCUGGAACACAAAUGGCCCUCCUUCAAACACAAAGUUGGAAGUAUAUCAUUGUUCAACUGAAAGUAAAGCAAGCUCGCUAGUCCCUGAUUGAGAUAAAAGGAGGUGUCCCAAGACUUUUGUCCAGAGUAUAUGAUAUAGUCUACACGACACUUUGCUUCUGCAAAUGUUCUGUAAUGCCAAACCAUCUUAAAGUCCCUCGCAACUGCCUCAUUUGCUCAGAAUAUAAUCGACUUAGCAAGUGUUUUGGAUGACAUUUUACCACUUUUAUUGACUUUGACUUAUAAAGCUCUGGUUUAGUUUUUAUUUUUUGGACAUGAAUGGAUGAAUCAAAUGGAUCGGCACCAGCAAAAAGCUUUCCACCCAACACCGAAGAGGGGAACGCCUCUCGUCCAUGUGGCACUUGAAUAGAGUGCGAGACUCUCUGGCGCUCCCUCAUUCCGACAGAUAAUAUCAGUGAUAUCACUAACUGCACUGUUUUGUGUCACGAUGAAGGAAAAGUGUUCAAUAUGAAACAGUGCGGCAAGUGUUGCCGACAUGUGGAGAGUCAAAGAAGGCUGUGCUCAGCGCUGCCACAUUCUGCUAAUGGUUUUAACAGUCGUGCUGGUGUUGAAUCUGGGAAAUGUACAGUAGCUCGCUCGGAGUGUCCGAUCUUUUAAUACAGGGAUUGUGAAAGUGACAUGAAUAGCACACUACAAUGUCUAAUCACAAAUGGGAUUUUUCAUUUUUUACCUGCAUGCGGAACUGCCUUGCCUUUUUUUUUUUUUAUGUGUAGCCCUGUCUUGUCAACUUAGAUUUAGCUCAUAAUAAAACCGCAAAUAGGUUUUAACAAUGCAGUGUUGUUGAACACAAAAUUCUAUUGUUACAUGAGUGCAUACUAUUAUGUCUGCCAUUGUUUUUCUGUUGAGAUACAUGAGUGCAUACUAUUAUUACAUGAGUGCAUACUAUUAUGUCUGCCAUUUUUUUUCUGUUGAGAUAUAUGAAAUAUUCUUCUGUACAUUUUGUGUAGUUUAGCAAUUGAUGGGAUCAUUCCUAAGUUGUAAAGCUGAAUGUACUGCCUACAUAUUCACUACAGACUGCCCUAUCUAUUCAAAUGUGUUUUUCUUUUAUUUUUUUCUCUUUUUGAAGUAAAAGUGUCGCCGUGACUUAAACACACUUCAGAUUAUGUCGAGGCGCUUGUUAAAUCAAUAAACAACCUGGAACAGG